AGUGUCCUUUCAUUUUUUUCCUUUCGUUUUACCUCCCUGACCCCCAAACAGCAUCCCUGAAAAGUGGCUCCGAAAAUUGCCCCAUUCGAUUUUGGAGAUGAGCCCUCAAACUUCGGUGAAUCGGCUAGUGUUCAGUGCCUGGUCACCUCGGGUGACUUCCCGGUUAGCUUUGCUUGGCUCUUCAACGGACGUGAGAUCAAUGAGAACGUAUACGAUGUAUCCAUGGUUAAGUUGGGAAAGAAGAUCAGCGCGUUGUCCAUUGAUAUUGUCCGGGAUCACCACGCUGGCAAUUACACUUGUGUGGCAGUCAAUCGGGCCACCUCCGUUAACUUUACCGCCGAACUGGUGGUGAAUGUGCCCCCAAAAAUCGCACACUUCGAUUUCGGCGAUCAUGCCGUCAACUUUGAGGAGUCCGUCUCCGUGAAUUGCUUGAUCUACUUGGGAGAUCUGCCCAUGGAUAUCACUUGGUUGUUCAACGGGGCCCACAUAAACGCGUAUACUGGAGUGUCCAUAGUCAAGGGUGGCAAGAAGGCGAGCAUCCUGACCAUCGAUUCGGUGCACGCAGGACACGCGGGGAACUACACCUGCAAGGCUCGCAAUGAUGCGGACUCAGCGGAAUACACGGCAGAGUUGAUUGUGAAUGGUAUUGAGGGGGUUUUAGAUGACAAAGAGCUACAUAUUAUUCGUUAGAUUAUAAUUUGAAUCCCCCCACAUCCUUUAAUUCCCAUUAAGCAUUAAUUCCAAAUUGCGCCCUUCGACUUCGGUCAGUCGCCGUCAAGUUUUGAGGACUCGGUUUCCGUGAACUGCCUGGUCACCUCCGGCGAUCUGCCCAUCGACAUCGAGUGGUUAUUUGGCGGGGAGCCAAUCAACUUUGCCACAGGCAUUGCAAUUCUUAGAGGGGGCAAACGGACUAGUCUUCUGACCAUAGAUUCAGUGCACGCGGGUCACGCGGGAAAUUACACCUGCAAGGCGAAGAACCAAGCAUCGAGCAGCGAGUACUCAGCGGCCCUGAUUGUGAACGGUUGGCAGGGAAACCCUUUAUUACCUCAAGUUAUAUGAUUGUUUGGUUUUUGAAUUUCGGACUUUUAUUUUCCCUAUUCCCUCCCUC